AUGGUCUUUCUCGUGGGAUCACGAUCAUUGGGCCUCCAUAUGCAGAAAUCGACGUUACGAUCAGCUACACAAACUAUAUUUCGUCAAAUUCCUCUGGGCUGCAUACACAUUCGAGAUUUCCAUUCUUCGUUCUUCAGCUUUGUAAAUCCGAAUUCGGUAUUUCGCAAAUCGCCUCUACUGAAAGCUAUCUCAUCAAGUGGCGCUCGCCCUUUCUUCUCAUCUACCCCAUUAGCACGUGGUUCCAAGUGGGCACAACGGGAGCAACAUGCCAAAAGCAAACAUCAAAAUAAACAUACGCAACAUACUCAAAAUGAGCACCAACCCAUCGAUACAAGUCCGACAAUCAGAUACCGCAAACCCCGUUCUAGCUACCCACUUGCGAUUGUCAUUGCUGUAGGAUGUACAUUCGUAACCCUCAGCUACAACCGUUCUCCAUUCGUUGAUUUUCCCCUUCCCAAUUUCAUUCCUAAACUCACACCAGAAUAUUUCGAUAGAAACUUCGUUCUUUCCCAGCAGAAUAUUGAUGAGGGACGAAUCCAUACACUCAUCACCCACAGCUUCAUGCACCAGACAUAUUACCAUCUGUUCGCGAACAUGUAUUGUAUGCUAGCCAUGGCUCCUCUGGUCAACCCUCUCACCUUCGUAACCAUCUGGGCUGGCGCUGGUGUUACAUGUUCCCUCGCCUCUCUAUACAUAUGGAAGCACGGCCUUCCAUUCAACCAGAACAAAAGCUCUAUAAAUUCUAUAGAUCGGGGUUGCGGUGCGUCUGGCAGUCUAUCAGGCCUAAUUACCAUGUUGGCAGUAAAACAUCCGAACGUGUCUUGGCAAUUUAUGUUCGUACCCAUAGGAAUUCCGGCAUGGUUUUUGGUAGGAGGAGGAGCUGUCUAUAGUAUUUUGGCGCUUAAUAACGGGUGGCAGCCGGGAGUUGGCCAUGCAGGACAUCUUGGGGGUUCGGCAUUUGGUGUCUUGGCUGGUGUUGUGAGUAGACGACUUGGCUUGAGGGGAUUUUGA